UCAAAGCUUUAGCUUUUGCGAUAUUGUGUAUUGGUUUAUAUGUAAUUAUCGGAAACCCAGAAAUAAUGGUAUAUUUUCGCGAGAUGAAGCACGAGGCAAGAUAUUUCUUUCUUUCUUCAAAUUCGGUGGUAGAUUACCUUGAUGCUACAUUUGACGAAUAUAGGAGGAUAUUUCCCCAGCAGAUUCAUCACAUCCAUCAAUGGAUGAAUCAAUAUGAAUACGACUUUAUCUUUCGAAAGAUUCUACAGAACGUUACAAUGUCUGACUGUUUGGUAUUUGGUCUCCUUUUGAUUGCUGUCUUCUACAUUGGCAAGGGGUUUAAACAUGUCUCCGUUUUGUUUAAAACGAUUGCACGACGAAAACUAUGUAAACAUCUCGCCGACACAGUCAGUGGAACAGAUAUUAUCAGAAGUCAUAGCAUCAACAGUCCUCUCUUCAAAACAUCGUCUGCUAAUCUUUGUGAUACUCCAAUGAAGAAUAGAGAAGACGCCACACAAAAACGUGGACAUGUCAACAAGUUCAACUAUGUCCUCAGAUCAUUGAAAAAGCAUCGUAACAUUGACAAUGGCAUUCAGUCUGAAAAAUGUCUUUCAACCUCCCCCACUGAUUUUGAACCAGUAUCAAACGUCCAGAAUAAGACUGUAUUUGAUCACGAUUCUCCUCAAGAUGAUGGUGUUUUAUUUUCGAAACGUUCUUCGAUUACAUUAAGCUCCAUUGAUCCUAAACCUGUAUCUAGCUCUGUUGAUUCUGGACCGGUAUCAAAUAUCCGGAAACAAACGAAUAAGACCGAAUUAGAUCGCAGUUCUGAAGUUGAUGGUUUACCAGGUCUUUCGGUAUUAUCAUCCACGUCCGUUGAUUCUGAUGAGUACAACGUUUACAGACAGACCGACAAGCCUGAUUUGAAACACAGUUCUAUUGGUCCGUGCAGGGAACGUAUUUCCAUAUUAUCCAGCUCAGUCGAUCCGGGACCAUGGAGUGAAAUAAUUCCACGUAAAAGUGACUCUUGGUCUGAUGAUGCUAUAUGUCGCCUUCAGAUAGCAGUUGACUCGUACAUACGUCAUCAAAAAUACAUUGACAAUGCAAAGGACGACUCUGACUUGAAUGUAAAGAAGGACAAUAUGAAAAGGGGGAAUGGGAGACAAAAGACUGUUGGAAUUGACUCAGAGCCGAAAGUUGGAAACACAGAUAUUCCAAUUUAUGUAAAAUACCUGGCGGCAUACGUAUUGGUUGGAAGUUUCUAUCUAUACGUCGGGAUUGCAAUAGGACAUUAUUUACUAUAGCUGAGCAGAGCUCGGCAUCAGGAAUGUAGUAUCGACAUAUUGCUCAAUGAUUUAUUUAAGGAUUUUUUAAAAAAUACAAAAGAAAAUAAAAAACAUAAAAUUUUGAAAACAAAACAAUUUUAAUCUUUAUUUUGUGUGUUAUGGUCGUUUUAAUUAAGAGCAUGAAUAAUCUCGACGAUUUGUGCCUUAUUUUUACAUGGGUGAUAGAACGCGG